AUGUGCCGCUUUCUUAUCUACAAAGGGCGGAAUGACAUUCGUCUCAGCAAACUUGUGACAGAGCCCAGCCAUUCAAUUCUUACACAGUCUUAUGAUUCGCGACUAAGAUUGGACAAUCGUCGGCCGGUGAACGGCGACGGCUUUGGUGUAGGCUUCUACACCGAUCCUAAAUUGGGCCCGGAGCCUUGUAUCUUUACAUCAACUCUACCGGCCUGGAACUGCGAGAACUUGGAACGCCUCGCGUCCAAAACAUGCUCAAAUCUGAUCUUUGCCCACGUUCGGGCCACCACGGAGGGAGCUCUCGCCGACAAUAAUUGCCACCCUUUUCAGCACAACACCCUGAUGUGGAUGCACAAUGGUGGCAUUGGUGGUUGGAACUACAUUAAGAGGACUUUGGCAGAGUCACUCGCCGAUAAAUGGUACCUUGGCGUCAAGGGCGGUACGGACAGCGAGUGGGCAUUUGCGCUAUUUCUGGAUCUCCUUGAAAAAGAAGGGGUCAAUCCGAGUUCCGAUCCUGGACCAGAAGGAUUUGGACCGGUGUUGCUGCGCCGAGUCAUGAUGAAGACUAUUGCCAGAAUAAACGAGAUGGUGCGUGAGGUUCCAGCAAAGCACAAUGUCACCGUCGAGACACGGAGUCUGCUGAAUUUUGCGAUCACGGACGGACACACUGUCAUCUGUACGAGGUACAUCAGCAGUAAGACAGAUGAGCCCGCUAGCCUUUAUUUCUCCUCCGGGACAAAGUGGGUGGAAGGGAAGACGAAGGGCCACUUCAAGAUGGAACGCCAUGACAAGGGCGCCGAUAUUGUUCUGGUAGCGAGUGAGCCUAUUACCUUUGAAAGACGUAAGUUCUCCCCAGCAUUUCCUGUGUUCCUUGAAUCAUUGAGCCUGAUCUCCAAUUAUCUCUCAGACAACUGGGUCUCGGUACCAACCAACUCUGUUGUGACGAUUCACAAGCAAACCGUCUUAUUGCACCCCAUCCUCGAUGAGUUUUACGGCGAGGACUUGACCCAAGACCGCUCCUCCUGCUUUGCCGUCUCCAAGGGUCUAGUUAGUGCCGCUCCUGGAAUCACCGUGCCCCUUCAGGCUGCAGUGGAAAACUAUGCUCCAGCAAAUGCGCCUGGUCGCGAGGAUCCUCAACUAGGUUCAGGCGCGAGAUGCGCUGCGGCGUACUGA